GAGGGGUUCCAGGUGAGUGGCUCAUCGAUCUGGCAGCAGGCGCUCCUCUGGGGGAGAGAUUGAGGAUUACUCACAUCCAAAGGUGUUUAUUCUCCCGUGGGCUACAUGGGAACGGAGAUGCCAGGUUAAUUUCUCUACCUGGUGGAAAGGAAUUGUCCAGCGUUGCCAGCAAGGGAAAUUUGAAGACUUCUAGAGAGCAACCUAGUCCAUCUCAAGGGAAAUUAUUUGUGUCUGGCUAAUCUCAUUAUACUAUUAAUGAAGGACCUUUUCAUUUACUGGGCCUUGUGCUCUCUAGCAGGAAAUUCACUGGGAGAAAGAUCACCAGUCAUUCAAGAAACAACUUUUCGGUCCACGAACUUUGAAAAUAUCUUCACAUGGAAGAUUAAAGGAGAGACACCCCCAGGCACGCUCUACGAUGUUCGGUAUAAGACGUAUGGCCACAAGAUCUGGCUGAGUAAACCUGAGUGCCAAAAUAUCACCCAGAACGUCUGCAAUCUCACUCACGAGACUGAAAAUUUCACCGAACGCUACGUUGCUCAAGUGAGAACUCUGGUCCCCAACGGUUGCAUCUCCGACUGGUCCCCGUUCUUGAGAUUCUGUCCUAUUGAAGUCAUUCAUAUUGAGAAUAUUGGUGUAAAAUAUACACCCAGCAUUCGGUCCAUCAAGUUUGUUAUUCAGCCUCCUUACACACCUUUGAAGGAUGAAAAUAACUCCCCGCUGACUGUAGUGGACAUUUUCAAAAAACAUGAUAUUCAGUUCCAGUAUGAAAUAAUAAUGACCCAGAUGAAGUGGAAAAAAAUUGUAAAUGAUGCGGAAUUCAACAUCACUGACUUGGAUCCCAACACGGAAUAUAAUGGAACGAUAAGCAUCCGACAUUCUGACAAAAUCAGCAAGCCCUGUGUUUUUCGUGUAAAGACGUUAUCAGAUAAGACCUGGCUGCAAUAUCUGUUUGGAAUGAUUAUAUUUAUAAUCAUAUUUACCUUUGGAACUGUAUUAUACUUCAUGUAUAAGUAUGUUAAACAACACACCAUUCAGCAGCCCACAUCUUUGGAUUUCAAAGGUAUUUCCCGUUUCCAACCUCUCAUAUUGAAUGUGGAGCAUGCCCUGAGUCCUUAUGAUUUAUCCAAGAUAAUCCAACCAGAGGUGUGUUCAACCGAGAUUAGCCAUCACAUCCAGGGCAUGCAAGAAGACCAAAAAUUAUUCAAUCCAAGAGUGACAUCUUAUCAGCAACAGUCCAGAAUGCCACCAUUCCAGCCUCUUGACCAACCCUUGAAUGGUCCUUCAGUUGGAUAUGCCCCACAAGUGAUCAAGAACAGCCGAUCGCGUAUCCUAGGAAACAAUCCUUCCACAUUAACGUAUGGAUUAUGCAUUGAAGAGACCAGCCACAAGGCAAACCAGGGGAUUAAGUUUGAUUCUUUUAUAAGCAACGGACACUACAAAGCCCAGAGACCAGAAAGGACUAACAAAGAGUUGACCACAAUUCAUCAGAAGGAAGGGUUGGUGGUAGAAACUAUCUCCCAGAUUCAACAUCUCCCACUUCAGGAAGACUCAAAAGAUCCACCACAGGAAUCUCCAAGACUUCUGGGAGAAUGGAGUCCUACCACAGUUUAUAGAAGCAAAGGAAGCUACAGAAAGCAGGCAGAAGUUCUACCUUCCAGCUUAGAAGUUGGCCAAAACGCUAUCUUGGAGGGAGGUGAUUCUCUACUGUUAAGUGUCCCACCACCGCCCUUGUUUGCACGUUCUUCUUGCAACAACCUCCCUCAAGAUCUCAGCACAGGUCAACCACCAGUCUUCUGUCUCUCUGCCUGGACUGAUAAUUUUCUACAUUCCAAUCCAUUUGGAUUCCAAAUCACAGACUGUCUAGCUGAAGAAAGCCGGGGAUUAAAAAGUGAGCCUCAGACUUUAGAUAUUUCCCCAAAUAUCCUGGACACUAAUCAACUCAACGGACCUUUCCCCAGUUUGUUCAAUGACUUGGAGCUGAAGCUCCAGUGGGAUGGUGGCCCAGAGGAAACAACUUCUUAAGCAAUACAAAGAUUUUGGGAAUUUCUUUCUACAAAACGAAGUGGAAAGCUGAUACUUAUUUUCUAAUGUACCCUGAUUGCUCUCCAUGAGCUGCAUGUCUGUGUCUUAAAAAGGAGGAAUUUUCAGAAAACUGCAUUCCACAUUUAUAUUUAUACUGGCUAGAUGGAAAAAUGAAAAUAGAAUGAAAUAAAUAGUCUAUGUUUGA